AUGACCACAAGGCAGAUGAGUUCUAGUCACGGAACAGCAAGCUACUCCACGUCACUUUGUAUUAGAAUUUUGUUAAACACUUUGAUUGUCCAACAGGCUCUUAAGCUAUGUGACGAUGAAACAGUCGGGUCUGAGAACAAUAAUUCAGAUGAAGAGGACUUGAAAUUAAUUUUGAAAAAAUGUCGUAGCAUAGUUGGAUUUUUCAAACGAAGUGAAGUUGGAAAUCGAAUGUUAGCCGAAAAGCAGAAACAGCUAGGAAGUUCAACAAUUUUGAAGUUGAAACAAGAUAUAAGUACUCGUUGGAAUAGUACGUUUUUUAUGUUGGAAAGGCUCAUAAAAUUAAAAGAACCCAUAACUAUUGUGAUGAUUAAUUUAAAAGAAGCUCCAAAUAAUCUUGAGUCAGAUGAAUGGAGCAUCAUCGAGGAUGUAAUACCUUUAUUAAAACCUUUUAAUAAUUUAACUGUUGAACUUUCAGCAGAACAAUAUCCAACUAUAUCUAAAGUUAUACCAUUGAUACGAGGUUUGCAAUGUUCAUUAGGGUUAAAAUGUCCAAAAACACGCCAAGGAAAUUAUAUUAAAGAAAGGCUUUUAGAAAAUACUUCUAAACGUUUUGAUGGAAUUGAAAACCAAACCAUCACACCACAUUUUUCUCGGGCGACUUUACUGGACCCAAGAUGCAAAAAGGUUGCAUUUGGGUUGACACAAAAUGCGAAUGAUGCUGAGAUUAACUUAGUUUCUGAAAUAUCCACUUUGAUGAGAAAUGUUUCAAACACUGAACAAGCUGCCGUUGAAAUAAAUACAAGUGAAGAUGAUGAUAGUGUAUGGUAUUUCCUUCAAUCCAGAGUCAGUACUGUACAGUCUCAAACAACAACGACAAGUAGUGCCAUUGCUUUAAUGAAACAGUACUUAGGAAUGCCUUAUCAAGGGUUGAAUUGCAACAUGGCAACAUAUUGGAACGAGCACAA